AUGGGCGUAAAGCCAGCACAAGGAGAACUUAACAUGGCUCUUCAACCGCUUUUCGCACAUGUUCCACAAGCACACCUCAUCCAUGAUGACCUUAUUGUUGCAACAGAAACCGAUGCAGAACACCAUUCCGCGAUUACUGCCGUCAUGCAAGCCAUCACUAACGCUGGUAUAACCCUUAAUCCAAGCAAGUGCACUUUCGGAGCCACUGAGAUCGAAUUCUGGGGUUUGCGUAUUGGUUCCGCAGGAGUACGACCAGAUCCCGCCAAAGUGGAAGCACUAAAGCACAUCACACCGCCUCGAUCAAAGGAAGAAUUGAUCAGUUUUCUCUGUAUGAUGCAGUCCAAUGCCGAUUUCAUUCCAAACUUCGUACAACACACGGCCAAACUGAGAGAACUGACCAAGAAAAAUAGUCGAUUCACAUGGACGAAAGAACACCAUGCCGCUUACGAAGCAUUAAUCGAACGAUUCACAGUAAAUACCCUACUCGAGUAUUUCGACAUGAGCAAGCCAACUUUCAUUUUCACCGAUGCACAAACUACUGGACUUGGGGCCAUGCUGGCACAAGGAGAUACACCAGAGAGCGCAAGACCAAUUGCCAUAGCUUCUAGAACAACAAACAAGGCCGAGCAGAGGUAUCCACAAAUCGACCUUGAGGCCCUUGGUAUUGAUUUUGCUCUACGACGAUUUCGCAACUAUAUUCUUGGUUCCCCAACCGAUAUCCAGGUUAUAACUGAUCAUAACCAUUAUGCUCUAUCUUCAACGGCAACCGUAAAGGCUCGAUUUGUACAGAAAGAAUAAAGCUCCGCCAUCAAGACAUCAGAUUUACGGUAAUCUACCAGUGUGGGAAAGUUAACCAAUCCGACUACCUAUCCCGACACGCGAAACCAAUCUAGAAACUACCUCGGGAGGAACAAACUGAAGCGGAUGACCUCAAUAAUCUCCUGUUCCUACUUCAUACAACACCAGCCAUCGACUGCGUGGGUAUUGGUGCUAUUGCACAAGCCACAAGUGAAGACCAGACUCUGCAAAAGAUAGCGGCGCUCAUCAAGAAGGGACAGACUUGGAUCCCAAAGACAGAACCUGCCGAAGUUCAACGUUUUCGACCCAUCCUUCCACAACUCACAGUUGCAGGAAAUGGCAUAAUCUUCAAAGAUGAAAGGAUCAUCCUUCCGACUAAGCUCCAAAUAUAA